UUGUCUGUGUGCUCUCGUAUACUUAAAUAACUCAUUAUUAAGCAUGCACCAUUAAUUUGGAAUACCAAAAACAAAUCGGUUGGCUUCCAUUACAAAGUGUAAUGAAUAAACUCUAUUAUUCAAAUAGUUUACUGGUUCCAGUAAUUAUGAGUCUUGAAGGAUACUGGUUAUAUAUAGGCAGCUCUGUCUCCUUUUAAGGCCUCACGGAGAAGCAGGUGGGGAACAGUUGAAGACGGGUGGUGGUUUUGUUGGCCCUGUACUUGGUUUAGGCUGACUCCCUGUGGAUUCAGCUUGACAGCCGAAGUCGCUGCAAAGGGAAUCUCAAGGGGUCAAUAUCUACGGCAUCAUCAUGUCAGCGUGGAUCAAACGUGGAAGUUACAACCAUGAAUACCACCACAAACAGAGCCAGUAUGUGGUUAAAGAAUAUAGCAGUUCUGAGGCGAUGGAGGAAAGAUAUGAGCACAAAACAAAAACCCGCAUCCAGGAAGUGGUAAGAACAAAAUUGGAUGACAAAUAUGUGCGUGAGGAGCCCAUGAUCAGGGGACCAAAGUUCCUGGUCCGACUCAGAUCCCACAUGGUGUUUGAAAACACUCCAGUCAAAAUCUUCUGUACUGUUGAGGGCUUCCCCAUGCCUGUUGUAAAAUGGUAUAAAGAUGGAAUGAUCCUGGACUUGUCUUCUGGAAGAUAUCUGGUUGAAGCCAAAGGUGGAAUCCACUCCCUGGAGAUCCCAAGAUGCUCAACUGAUGAUACAGCUCAGUACACUGCUAUGGCUGUAAACCUCCAUGGACAAGCCUCCAGUCAGGCCUCCAUUAUUGUGAAGAGAUUCAAGCAGGAGGAAGAGUCCUGUUCAUAUGCAUGGCUGCCUUAUGAAGCUUCUAUGCUACCAAAGAUCCAUUACACUAAAAUCCACAUUACUUUUUUGGAGAUGUUUGGACCAGUGUUCGCUACCGAGGGUGAAUCUGCCACCCUUUCUGCUACCAUGACCCUGGAGCCCAACCUGGCAAACCUACAGCCUGAGGCACAGUGGUACAGAGAUGACACUCGUCUGUUUGACUCUAAAUGGGUGAAGAUUGAAACUGGUAGAGGAUUCAGCAAACUGACUCUUCCAAAUCUCUACAAAGAUGACGAGGGUCUCUAUACCCUGCGCAUGGUCACUAAAGGAGGCACCGCAGCACACAGCGCCUUUGUCUCAGUCGCAGAUGGUCCUCCUCCAGUCCCUGCUGCACCUGGUGCUCCUAUGGACAUCAAGAUCCAUGAUGCCAACAGAGACUAUGUCAUUGUGUCAUGGAAGCCUCCUAAUACAACUACAGAGGGUCCAAUCCUGGGAUACUUUGUCGACAAAUGUGAGGUUGGAACUGAAAACUGGACCCAAUGUAACGAUCACCCCAUAAAGAUCUGUAAAUAUCCGGUGUCUGGGCUGUUUGAAGGGCACUCCUUCUACUUCAGAGUCAGAGCUGUUAACUCGCAUGGAAUCAGCAAACCUUCUCGUAUGUCUGAUCCCAUCACUGCAAUGGACCCCACUGAGUUUGAGAGGCUUCACGCCAAAAGGCUUGGAGGAAGACUGGAUAUCGUGUCUUACCAUGACGAAGUUGAAGCUGAAGGAAAGCCUCCAGGUGUUCCAUCAGGAAUUAAUGCCUCAGAAACAGACAGGACCUAUGUUGUUUUGAGCUGGAAAGCCCCAGCGUACACCAGCAGCGCUCCCAUGUGGUACUACAUAGAAAAGUGCAUGGCAGACAGUGGCGCAUGGCAGCGCGUUAACACCCAGGUCCCUAUUCGAUCUCCUCGUUAUGCUGUCUUUGACCUGGCAGAGGGAAAACAAUAUAAGUUCAGAGUUUUGUCUGCCAACAUUUAUGGGACCAGUGCGCCAUCAGAGCCAACUGGACCUAUUCAGACUCAGGAACUCAAAGGCGUACCAUCCGCUCCUGGUCAGGUGAUUGCGACAAGGGAAACAGACACCUCUGUCCUCAUCCAAUGGGCUCCUCCAAAGGAACCUAAUAAUUUGAUUGGUUAUUACAUUGACCAGUGUGUGCAAGGAUCCAAGAACUGGACCUCAGCCAAUCACAAACCUCACAAGAACACCAAGUUUGUGGUUAGUGGUUUGACCACAGGAGAAACCUACAUGUUCCGCGUCCAGGCUAUCAAUGAGCUGGGUCUCAGUGAUGAAUCCCAGGAGUCAGCACCUUUGACUGUCAAGGCUGCCCUUACCACCCCAUCUGCUCCUUAUGACAUUGCACUGCUGUACUGCGACGGCCAUUCAAUGAUCCUGAACUGGAAGAAGCCUCUUCGCUCUGGAGGAGCAAAGAUCAAAGAGUAUUAUGUGGACAAAAGACGUAGCGGAACAACCAUGUGGAGGGAGGUUCAUAUCCCACCAAUCACAGAGAGAGUUUAUAAGGUGGAGAACUUGACAGAGGGAGCAGUCUAUCAGUUCCAGGUUUAUGGAGCCAACCUGGCUGGUCUUGGACCAGCGUCCAAACAUUCAGAAGACCUUACAUGUGAUGCCUGGACAAUGCCAGAACCUGGCCCAGCCUAUGACCUGACCUUUUGUGAAGUGAGAGAUAAUUCAUUGGUGGUUGAGUGGCAAAAGCCUGUCUACACUGGUUCUGAACCAAUCACAGGCUACCACGUUGAGUAUGCCAAGAAGGGUACUGCUAACUGGAUCACAGCCAAUGAAAAAGCUGCCAGUCACCGCUUCCUAAAGGUAACAGGUCUGGAGGUGGGCACUACCUAUGUGUUCAGAGUGCGUGCAGUCAAUGCUGCUGGAGUGGGUAUGGCCUCAAUGGCCUCUGACCCUGUGACUGCCAAGGCCGUGGCAGGUUCCCAGGAGGUGUCCUGUGUGGUGGAUGAGAAGUCAGGUGACAUUGUUCUGUCAUUCGAGUCCUGCCAGAUAAACGAAGGCUCCAAGUUCAUCUGGAAGAAAGAUUAUAAAGAAAUCACAGAUUUCUCUAAAGGGGUAGUGAUUAAAUCCGAGGGCAUCCACUCUAAGCUGAUCUUCAAGAACCCAGAUAAGGAGGACUUUGGGACGUAUUCUGUUUCUGUCACAAACACAGAGGGAGUGUCAUCCAGCUACACAAUCUCUAAUGAAGAGUUGGUAAAGAUGCUGGCGCUCAGUUAUGAUAUCAGACACCCAGUCAUCCCGCUGAAGUCUGAGUUGGCCUAUAAGAUUCUGGAGAGAGGCCGAAUGAGGUUCUGGCUGCAGGCUGAGGAGAUUUCUUCCAAUGUCACCUACAAAUUCUUUGCAAACAACAAGGAACUGUCUGGAGCUGAUCCCAACAAGAUGGCUCAUGACGUCGCUACAGGGAUCAUUGAGUUCAUCAUGGAUCAUUUCACUGAGGAGAAUGAGGGGACAUAUACCUGCCAGAUCACAGAUGGAGGAGGAAAGGCACAGAGCUCACUGGUUCUGAUUGGAAAUGCUUUCAAGGCAGCACUGGCUGAGGCUGAUUUCCAGAGGAGAGAGUACAUCAGAGUCAAAGAGGGCCCCCACUUUAGUGAGUUUCUAUCGCUUCAGAUUGGGGAUGACUGCUCUGUCACUUUGGUCUGCAAGGUUGCUAACUUGAAGAAGGAAUCAGUGUUUCACUGGUUUAGAGAAGACACGGAGAUCAUCCCGGAUGUAAAACCUGACCUGGGAUCAGGAGUCUGUAAACUGCCAAUUAAAGAGUUUUCACUGAAGACAGCAGGAAUUUACAAAGCCACCAUCAGUGAUGACAGAGGAAAAGAUAUGAGCCAAAUAAACAUUUCUGGAAAAGUCUUUGACGAUGCCAUAAACAAGCUCAGCCAACUGGCUGGAGCCAGUGCAGCAGAGCUUGUGAUAAACUGCACAGCAACAGGCAUUCAGCUGCAGUGUCACAUGAAGUAUUACACCUCAGAGAUGAACAUCACCUGGUAUCAUGGUGAGACUAAACUCUCCCACAGUGACAAGAUUGUGAUUGGUGGAACCCCGGCUAUGGCAACAAUGGAGGUAGUUGAACCAGUGGAGAAGGACAAGGGCAAGUACUCCAUCGUGAUCACUGACCCUGAAAACUCACAUAAACGCACACUGGACCUCAGCGGUGAUGUAUAUGAGAAAGCCUUUGCAGAGUUCCAGAAACUAAAGGCCGAGGCAUACGCUGAGAAGAACCGUGGUAAGGUGGUGGGAGGACUGCCUGAUGUGGUCACCAUUAUGGAAAAGAAGACUUUGAGUUUAACAUGUACAGUGUGUGGAGACCCCAAACCUCAGGUGUCAUGGCUGAAGAACGGAUCGGAAGUCGAGCCUGAUGAUCAGUAUGUGGUCUCCCUGGACCAGGGCAAGUUUGCCAGUCUGACGAUCAAAGGCGUUUCCAUGGAGGAUUCUGGCAGAUAUACCAUGAUUGUCCAGAAUAAAUAUGGAGGAGAGUCUGUGGAUAUAGUGGUCAGUGUGUAUCGCCAUGGGGAGAAAAUCCCUGAGGCAAAACCAACUCUGACCCCUAAAACAAUCAUCCCACCUAAAUUACCAAUCGAGAUCCCUCAGCCUAAGACUCAGCCUGCGCCGAGCGCUGCCCCUUCAACUCCUAGCCCUGCCGCUCCUAAGGCAGCACUGGGAAGAGGGGUGAAGAGUCCUACUCCAAGUCGGAGGAAGUGAAAAGCAAGGCAGAAGAAACGCAAUCACUGGUGCACAAUUAGAACACACAUAGCUGAGAAGCCUUUAUUGGUGUUCUCUAUCUGGACUGAAAUGGAGCUAAUACUCUUUGCAUUAAAUUAGAGCAUCAAGAAAACCCUGACAUAUGAAAUACAAAUCUUGCAAUUGUGAUGGAAAGAAAAAAUUGUUUCAAUGUGAAAUCAUUGUAUAAAAUCAGCAAAAUUAUACUAGAAUAAUAAAAAGCUAGGCACUAUCUAAACAUGAGGAAAUUAGAAAUUAAUUGAAAUGAACUCGAAUAAAGCUACAAAUUGAAUAAAACUUUCUGAUGAAAGAGUGAAA